CAGAGCUCUUGGAGGAUUUUCCCUGGUUCAUGCAGCUGGGGCACACAGGAGGUGUGCUUGUAGCAGUAGAGGUGGUCCUGGAGGGGAAACUUCACCCAGGGGAGCUGGGAAGGUUUCCUUCUUGUGGGACCUUGGUAUUGUUUCUACUCCUCACCGGGCCAGCCGACAACUGUGACCUCUCUCCCUCUUCUUGCGUGACAUCUACUGUUGCAGUGCUGGCAGGACAUGGCAGGAGCGCUGAAGAAAGCAUGGGGGAGACCACCUCUGCUGCAGGGGGUGGUGGCCUGCGCCAGCCACCCCAGGCAGGGCCGCUGAAGGCAGCAGCCGGCUCCAAGUGCCCCAUCUGCCUGGGAGACGUGAAAAAGCCAGCCUACGUGGCCUACUGCAUGCACCAAUUCUGCUUUAGGUGCAUCCAGCAGUGGGCCAGGGGGCGGGACGACUGCCCCGUGUGCAGGCAGCCCGUGGAGGAGGUGCUGCACUCCGUGCGAGGGGACGAUGACUACGAGGUGUACGUGGCCGGCCUGCCCGCCCGCCUGCGCAGGAGGAUGGCCAUGAACAGGCCUCGCCGCCGGGCCCCGCAGCGGCGCUACAACCUGCGCAGGUGGCCCACCAUCAACCCACCCGCGGCUGGUGGGUGUGAGCCCCCAGGGACUGAAAGCUCCCAGGGGCAGGAGGCAGCUGCAGGGCCCUCCAACACCCCAUCCCAGCCGGCUCCCGCUCCCAGUGCUUCUCAGGAACCAACCCCGCACGGCUGCCCCUGAUGCUCCUCCAGACCCACACAACAGCAGAGUGUAGCUGCUGCCCCUCUACCAUUUGCAAUAAACACUUUGGUGAAUGGAAAAGAA